UAGCGGGAUGGAAUUACUGUCGGAUCAGGGACUCCGGCUGGACGGGCGACGUGCGAACGAGUUACGCCACAUUAAGUGUAAAUUGGGCGUAUUCAGCCAACCGGAUGGCAGUGCGUACGUCGAGCAGGGCAACACGAAAGUGCUGGCCGCGGUCUACGGACCCCACCAGGCAUCGUCGAAGAAGAGCAACCACGAGGAAGCCAUCGUCAACUGCCAGUACAGUAUGGCCACUUUCUCCACCGGUGAACGGAAGAAACGACCCAGAGGGGACCGUAAAUCACAGGAAAUGACGAUUCACCUGAAGCAAGCCUUGAGUGCGGCCAUUAAAACGGAACUGUACCCGCGGUCACAGAUUGACGUUUACAUAGAGGUACUGCAGGCCGAUGGCGGAAACUAUUGUGCAUCGAUCAAUGCGGCCACCCUGGCCCUGAUCGAUGCCGGCGUGUGCCUUAAGGAGUACGUGUGUGCCUGCACUGCAUCGCUGGCCAAUGGAAACGUGCCGCUGGUGGAUGUGUCCCACCUGGAGGAAACCAGCGGUGGGCCGACACUGACCGUCGCAUCGUUGCCGAGCAGUGGCAAAAUCGCUUUCAUGGAAAUGUCGCAACGGUUUCACCUGGACCACCUACCGAAGGUACUCGAGACGGCCCUGAGAGGCUGCCGCGAUGUACAGAAGGUCAUCGAUCGUGCCGUUCGUGAACAUGUUACACAUCUGGGACAGGCCGGCGGCUGGGGCGGUGUAAAUAAAUAG